AUGAGACUUAUUCCAGAUCUCUCAAUGUCGGAAGCCGUCCUACGUGCCAUGGAACUAAUCUCCACUCACACUUGCAUCAAAUUCUCCACUGAACCUUCCGAUGUCAUGAUUCGAAUGGAGAGUGACCCCACUCAAAACUUCUGUUACGCGGAAAUCGGUCAUGUCCGACCACAUCAAAAAUUUAGCUUUGUGUCCGCAUGCUAUUCCUCUGGAGCAGCCGCGCAUGAGCUCAUCCACAGUCUGGGAUUCAUUCAUACUCAUCAGCGAUCCGAUAGGGAUCAAUACCUGGAUUUCAAGAUGAAUUUAGAGGAUAUGACGCCGGAUAUGAGGGAUCAGUAUAAGAUAUAUGAAGGUCAAACUCUGUAUGUGCCCUAUGACUAUGGAAGUGUGAUGCAUUACCCCGAUGAGAGUGGCAACUACUACCCAAUCGAGAAAAACAUCCGUAUGACGGACACAAUGGGUACCGAGAUGCUGGCCUUCUACGACUACCUGAUGAUCAACAAGUACUAUGAAUGCUCCUGCGACACCGACCUAAAAUGCCAGAACAAUGGAUACCCCAACCCCGCUAACUGCUCUCAAUGUAAUUGCCCAUAUGGUUACGGUGGAGAUGAUUGUAGCCGGCGCGCUGAGCCAGGGCAGACUGUAAUAGCAACACUGGAACCCCAGACAGUAACCAUAAAACUGGAUGCAGGGUUUAGAAAUGGAGAUGAACGGCAAGUGGAUUUCAUCUACAGUUAUCUGUGGAUUGAGGCCCCCGCUAACAAAUCUAUCGUAACUCGCAUCGAGCUUGUCUCCAAAGAAAAAUGUGUCCCUGGAUGUAGUCGUGGAGGUCUGGAAAUCAAGAUCAAUGAUGAUGACAGGUUGACAAGUCGACGCUUUUGUUGUGGUACUGGACAAUUCGAUCGGUCAUUUCAUUCACCAACAAUUGUCAUGGCGUAUAAUUCGGUUGGUAUGGAUGAGUACAUUAUUCAUUAUAGACAUGAUCCAUAA